UUGGGGCCAACUUAGUGGAUGUAGUGGUCUACAACUCGAUUCUCCAUUCUAGUAGCAAACAUGUUUUAUCUGACUUCAAAUUGAGCCCUCUAGCCUCUAAGUUAUGCAGGAUAAGAAUUUAAAAUGCGCUUUCCUUGCAGAUUUUUUUACAAUUAUUCAGUUAGCUGUUUAAUUUCAUUAUGCAUUUAUUUGGUUACCUUACAUGAUCAGUUUUACAAUUUCCGCUAGCAGGUCCUGUUAAAUGUAUUCACAGAAUAACUUAUAUUAGACAUAGAGCCUGAUGUUCUCUUGGUCUUGGUGAGUGCUGUUCAAUGCCGGUAGAAUAUAUCAUGAUUUAGUUACAGAGGUGAGCUAAUUAAUUGGACGAGGCUUCAUGAAGGACUGGCUUUUGAGUAUAGUAUAGUGCAGUAUCAUUUAUCUAGGUUUAUUUUUUUUGAAAAUAUUUAUCUAGGUUUAUAGGCGAGCAAAAUGCAUUGCUUGUUCCUUUUUGUGGCAAACUGGCAAUCAUUGCUUUUGCUACUGUCUGACUGACUAGCUGAAUGCUAUAUCAUCAUCAGCAGCAUUACAAUCCAUCCAAUUGAAUCAGAAUUACUCUAGUAAAGGGACCAUUUUAUUCUGUAAUUGAGUUUGACGAACAAUACAAUCUGAAAUUUGUUUUGCAUGCAUGGUAUGACAUUUUUAAGUUCCAAAGUACACAAGUUCUGGAUAGAUUCAGUUUCAGUGAUCCUCCCUGAAGUAGUCAAGCAUCCUGUAAUCACCUGUAUAUCAGUUACAAUCAUUCCAUGUACCUGCCUUUGACUUGAUAAAUCAAUAACUGACAUGCCUUUAUACUGUUGCUUUUUCACCUUUGCCAUCUGGUUUGCAUGACAGUUUUCUAUUGGCCUCCUUGACCUUUUUUUCUAUGCUUCGUGUAUUUGCUGUCUAGACAUGGUUUUCUACUAGACCUUUACUUAAUAGAUGUAUAGCAGACAUACUCUAUAUGUUAAUAAAUAGGUGUACUUUUAAACAUAUUCUAACUGUUACUAGAUAGGUGUGGUUUAGACAUUGGCUUAUCUCACACAUGCAGUUUUGUGCUUUUAUGUGUUAGUGGUGAAUAUAAGAGUUUGAUAGCAUGCAUUCUAGAAUUACAUCCUUUCUGUCACAGAGCAUAAGAGGAUUAAUGAUACCAUUUUUAGCUUUCCAAUUGAUAGUUAUUUAAAUUUUGCAAGCAUCUAUUUUACUGUUGUAGCCAAUAUUUGGUGGAAGUACUAGCUGUGCUCCUAAGAAUUUAGCAACCUCACAGACAAACUUGAGGUUGUUUUCUUCUUAGAAAAAAAAUGUAUUACUCCACGCCAAAAGGACCAUUCCUUGAGGAUGCCUUAACCAUCUAAAGUUCUGUUGUGUUCACCCACAGUUAUCACCAGUUUUCCCUGGAAUCCACAGUAAUAACAAACUACAGGACUGCGUUCUCUAGUACAAUAUCUAAUAGUUCAGUUUUGUUCUUGGUGUGUUGAUAACGGAAACAUAUAGAUAGCAUUUGGAGGUAUAACUCUGUGGUCACUCUGCUACUACCUCAGAUCAAGCCUGCUGGAAAGACAGGUGCAGAAAUGUUUUCUGAUGCUAAAGGAAUGUCAUUCUGGGCUUUGGAUAUCUUAUGUAGUGUGGGUAAGGAACAGUGCUGAUUGGUUUUGGACAAGACAGAAAAAGUUGAACCGUACUGGGACCACUCUUUUGAUGAAAAAGGCUGGGUUGUGAGCAAUUGUGUUCUAAGACUGGAGGAGUGCUUCAGCCCCUUUAGUCGUGAAUGGAAGGAUAAAGAUAGACACUUUAAGGAGCUAUGUUUCUGAUGACUUGUCCAAACUCCAAAGGUUUUCUAGAGAAUUUUAAAACUAUCAGAAGACACUCCAAUGUUCUUAAUACAACUAAACAGAAUUCUAGAGGUUGUGAUGUUACUGCACAUCACCUUGGAUGAGGACAUUAAUAAAGGGAGAUUUGGUUAUGGUUCAUCGCCUGCUUACUCUGAAAGUUUUGUCAGACCUUGGUCUACUGUUGACCCAACAUGGAGAGCUUACUGCUAUUCAUCAUCUGAAUCCUUCUUCAUCUCCCCAGAGACUUUAUGGGAGGAUCUCAAACCAGUUGUUUCAUAUCUCCGACCUGAAGAGUUAAACUUUGUGCAUGACGCCUUGAAGUUGGCAUAUGAAGCACACAGUGGACAAAAACGGCGAAGUGGAGAGCCAUUCAUUAUUCAUCCUGUUGAAGUUGCUCGUAUUCUUGGAGAGCAUGAACUUGACUGGGAAUCAAUUGCUGCUGGUUUACUACAUGACACUGUUGAGGAUACAGAUGUGGUUACCUUUGAAAGAAUAGAAAAUGAGUUUGGGCCAACUGUGCGUCGCAUUGUUGAAGGGGAGACAAAGGUAUCUAAGUUGGGUAAACUUCAGUGCAAAAGUGAGGGUAGUUCGAAACAAGAUCUUAAAGCAGAAGACCUAAGGCAGAUGUUUCUUGCCAUGACAGAAGAGGUUCGUGUGAUCAUUGUCAAACUGGCAGACAGGUUGCAUAACAUGCGUACUCUUACACAUAUGCCCCAGCACAAGCAGUAUGCCAUCGCCAUGGAGACAUUGCAGGUCUUUGCCCCUCUAGCAAAACUCCUUGGGAUGUACCGAAUAAAGUCUGAGCUGGAAUAUCUAUCCUUCAUGUACGUGAACCCCAUGGGCUUUGUUGAACUAAGGAAAAGAGUUGAAGACUUGUACAAAGCUCAUGAACAAGAAUUGGAAGAGGCAAAUAGAAUUUUAAGGCAAAAGAUUGCUGAGGAUCAGUUUCUUGAUCUUGUGAGUGUUGAGACAGAAGUGCGCUCAGUUUACAAAGAGCUCUACAGCAUUUACAAAACUACACUCAAAUCCAAGAGUUCAAUAAAUGAGGUGAACCAGGUUGCUCAGCUGCGGAUCAUCAUAAAACCAAAAUCCUGCAAUGGUGUUGGGCCAUUGUGCACUGCACAACAGAUCUGCUAUCAUGUUCUUGGUCUCGUUCAUGGCAUAUGGACACCCAUUCCUCAAGCUGUAAAAGAUUACAUUGCAACUCCAAAACCUAAUGGCUACCAAAGUCUACACACAACAGUGAUACCAUUUCUUAAUGAGAGUAUGUUCCAUUUGGAAGUUCAGAUUAGAACAGAAGAUAUGGAUUUAAUAGCAGAAAGAGGCAUUGCUGCACAUUACAGUGGAAGGGGAGUGGUUUCUGGACCUGUUCGCCCUGGAAUAUCAAGUGGAAGAAAUUCCAAGGGAAAAGUAAUCUGCCUCAACAAUACAGGAUUUGCUCUGAGGAUUGGUUGGCUCAACGCAAUCCGCGAAUGGCAAGAAGAGUUUGUUGGUAAUAUGAGUUCUCGGGAAUUUGUUGAUACAAUCACCCGAGAUCUUCUGGGAAGUCGUGUUUUUGUGUUUACUCCUAAAGGCGAGAUUAAAAACCUUCCUAAGGGAGCCACAGUGGUUGAUUAUGCUUAUUUGAUCCAUACUGAAAUUGGCAACAAAAUGAUUGCAGCAAAGGUGAACGGCAAUCUAGUUUCACCAAUCCAUGUACUUGCAAAUGCUGAAGUGGUGGAGAUUAUAACUUACGAUAAAUUAUCCAGUAAAUAUGCAUUCCAGCGCCACCAGCAGUGGCUACAGCACGCCAAAACUCGCAGCGCUAGACACAAAAUUAUGAAAUUCUUAAGGGAGCAAGCUGCCCUUUCUGCUGCUGAAAUUACUGCUGAGGCUGUUAAUAAUUUUGUUGCUGAUCUUGAAGAUGAAAGUGACAGUGAGCUUUCAAUUCCAAGCACCAAGAAUGAAGAUAGUAAAUUCAACUGGGAGAAGAUACUAAAUUCAGAUAAAUUAUCCUUUGUCAACAAAAGUAGCAAUGGCUUUUUACCUGUUAAUAAUGUCCAUCCAAAGGUCAACGGAAAACAAAAUAAAACUCUUAAGGAAUUGGGCAUCAAAAUUAAUGGUCAUUCUGCAAUUCGAGGUGAUAGCUUCAGUGAGUUAACGCACGCUGGCAAUUCCACCUGUAAGGAAGUUUUCCCUGGUUUGGAUCACUGGAAAUCUGGUAAAAUUUCUGGUUGGCAUAAUGCAGAAGGCAACUCUGUCCAAUGGCUUUGCAUAGCCUGUGUUGACCGAAAAGGGAUGAUGGCUGAAGUUACAUCAGCUUUAACAGCCUGUGGAAUUACAAUAUGUUCUUGUGUGGCAGAAGUUAAUAAAAGGAGGGGAAUGGGUGUAAUGCUGUUUCAUUUCGAGGGAAGCUAUGAGAAUGUGGUCAGUGCGUGCUCAAGUGUUGACAUGAUUCUUGGUGUUCUUGGCUGGUCUGUUGGAUGUAGUUGGUGUCCAUUGGGUGUUCUUGAGUGCUAGUGGAUAUCGAGAGACUUACGUGACCACAUUAGUUCACCGCUUCACUAUUAUCUCCUCCAAGAUGGUGAUAAUUUUUGAAGCACUGCAUCGGCCGGUGGUCGCUCAAUAAUUUUGUUGGUGAGAUCAUGGUUGGUGAGCGAGUGGAACCCUUCCCUACUCUGUCAAAGCAGAUAGUGAAAGGGGAGCAAACUAGAACCAUAUAUAUGCAUCAUUCUAAAAGAGAGUGUACAUAUCAGAGCGAGUAGGGUACUGUUAGUGCAGGGAUCUAUUGGAGCCUUAAAAAAGAUUGUUAAAGGCUGUUCUUCACCCCUCAAGCCCCCCCUCCCCCUCCGUGGCUUGCAUACGCUAGUUGUCUACUUAAAUGUGCAACUAGGUUUUUGACCUGGAAUGCUAGUUCCCAAAUUUUGUCCGGUUUUGGUUAUUCUCAUAGUCUGCCUGUAAAUUUAUUGUAUAGCUUCAAUUUUGCAAUGGAAAAUUUUGACUGGUAGAUGCGCA